AUAAACUUGAAAAAUUCUGGUUUAUUUGAUCACACAAUUGGUAGCUAUCACCAGCUAUCAAUGACAGCUGAUUGUUAUUGUGUUUAUGUUUAUAAUUAAAAAUAAAAAUGCCAAAAGUAGUAUCAAGAAGUAUAAUAUGUUCGGAUACUAAAGAUCAAGAAGAAUACAGUGAAGAGAAACCAUUGCACAUUUAUUAUUGCUUAUGUGGGCAAAUGACAUUAAUUUUAGAUUGUGCUAUAGAAAAGUUACCUUUAAGAAAAAGAGAUGGUGCACGUGUUAUUGAUGGUAGUAAACACGCUCACAAAAUGACCUGUGAGCAAGAUGAAGUUGUAUAUUUGAAACGUACUGAAGGCAUAGAAAAACAAUAUCGUCAAAAAUGCAAAAAAUGUGGCCUGUUUCUCUAUUACAAACAUGAUCAAGGAACAAAUGUUGUAUUUAUUGUAAAAGGUGCUGUGAUUAAAAGUUCUGGAGAAGGUCCAAUGACAGAUAUAUAUAAUCAAGUAGCUAUUGAAAAACCCAAGAAAAUAAUGGUUACAAAACAUACUAAAAAUAUGGGAAAAUUCAGUUCUGUUACUGUCUCUACAAUUGAUGAAGAGGAAGAUGAAAUUGAAGCGAGAGAAGUUGCCGACUCGUAUGCUAAUAAUGCUAGAAUAAUAGAGAAACAAUUAGAGAGGAAAGGAAUGAACAAACGGAAAGCUAUGCCUCCUCCUGAAGCAGAUCCUAAAAGAGCAAGACCUCGAGGCACGUUGUUAGAUGUAUAAUUAAUUAUAUUAUUGUCAUACAUUUAAUCUGAAUAUGAAUGUAUACAAAAGCAUUUCUGAAAAGUAAGUUCUAAAAAAUCCAAGUCGUUUUUAACAUUA